UUCUUCGCCAUUAUCAAGAGGUUCAGGGGACUGUUGUUGAAUGAUACGUUUUGAGCACCUGUUUGUCACCUAUGAAGGAGCCUAAAAACUUUGAGUGAAGCUGGUAUCAGCUCCGUAGGAUCCAAUGUGUGGCAGAACUCUUAUGAGUGAUAAACUCUAAACUGAUUUAUAUUUUUUCCUCAACACAGAAACAAUUAUGCAAAAUUCCACAUACUUCAGCCCUUCUGUGAUGACCCUUGGUUUUGGAGAAUUGACCUCAAUGAGAUAUAUGUACUUGACCUUGGUGGUAUGGGGAUACCUCUCAACUGUACUAUCCAACGUUUCAGUCAUUGUUUUGAUCAUUUUACAUAAGGAAUUACAGGAGCCCAUGUAUAUCUUCAUAUGUGCUUUGUGUUUCAAUGGACUUUAUGGCAGCCUUGCCUUCUACCCCAGUCUUUUCAUAAAUCUACUUCAGAAAGUCCAAACCAUUUCCUACAGCAGCUGCAUACUACAAGUGUUUGCCAUUCAUACCUAUGGAGGGUGCGAGAUGACCUUGCUGGCUGUCAUGGCGUUGGAUCGCUAUGUUUGCAUCUGUAAUCCUCUGAGAUAUAACAGUAUCAUGUCUUCAGCCAUGGUGUAUAAACUCAUUUUAGCUGCAUGGUCCUACUCAUUCAUCCAUAUGACUAUAUCUAUUAUGCUCACAGUCAGGCUUCCACUCUGUGACUCGGCCAUUCUGAAGAUCUACUGUGACAACUGGUCAGUGGUGAGACUCUCCUGCAUAGAUACCACCUUGAACAACAUAUUUGGCAUGGUGGGUAUAAUUACAUUGAUGGGGGUGAUGCCAUCCCUCGUCUUUAUCUCCUACAUAGCAAUUCUGAGAGCAUGUGUGAAGUCUUCAAAGGACUUCAGAGCCAAAGCCUUAAAGACCUGCGCCCCUCACCUCAUUACUAUUACAAACUUCAUCAUUGACGUGCUCUUUGAGCUAUUCCUCUACCGUUUCACACCGACUGCCAUACCUUAUGCGCUGAGGGUCUUCAUGUCGGUGCAUUUUCUUGUGGCGCCACCACUUCUUAACCCUCUGAUUUACGGUUUAAAAUUAACGGAAAUUAGGAUCAAAAUAAUCCAGCAGGUUAAAGGGCAUUUUAGAUAA